AUGCAAGCAGCUCGGGCAAACAAAGAAGCACAAUGGCACACCAGCACAGCAGCACCCACCAGCACAGCAGCACCCACCAGCACAGCAGCACUCACCAUCACAGCAGCACCCAUCAUCACAGCAGCACCCACCAGCACAGCAGCACCCACCAGCACAGCAGCACUCACCAUCACAGCAGCACCCACCAUCACAGCAGCACCCACCAUCACAGCAGCACCCACCAUCACAGCAGCACCCACCAUCACAGCAGCACCCACCAGCACAGCAGCACCCACCAUCACAGCAGCACCCACCAUCACAGCAGCACCCACCAUCACAGCAGCACCCACCAUCACAGCAGCACCCACCAUCAAUGCAGCACCCACCAUCACAGCAGCACCCACCAUCACAGCAGCACCCACCAUCACAGCAGCACCCACCAGCACAGCAGCACCCACCAUCACAGCAGCACCCACCAUCACAGCAGCACCCACCAGCACAGCAGCACCCACCAUCACAGCAGCACUCACCAUCACAGCAGCACCCACCAUCACAGCAGCACCCACCAUCACAGCAGCACCCACCAUCACAGCAGCACCCACCAUCACAGCAGCACCCACCAUCACAGCAGCACCCACCAUCACAGCAGCACCCACCAUCACAGCAGCACCCACCAUCACAGCAGCACCCACCAUCACAGCAGCACCCACCAACACAGCAGCACCCACCAUCACAGCAGCACCCACCAGCACAGCAGCACCCACCAUCACAGCAGCACCCACCAUCACAGCAGCACCCACCAUCACAGCAGCACCCACCAUCACAGCAGCACCCACCAGCACAGCAGCACCCACCAGCACAGCAGCACCCACCAACACAGCAGCACCCACCAUCACAGCAGCACCCACCAGCACAGCAGCACCCACCAGCACAGCAGCACUCACCAUCACAGCAGCACCCACCAUCACAGCAGCACCCACCAUCACAGCAGCACCCACCAGCACAGCAGCCCUCGCCAUCACAGCAGCACCCACCAUCACAGCAGCACCCACCAUCACAGCAGCACCCACCAUCACAGCAGCACCCACCAGCACAGCACCCACCAUCACAGCAGCACCCACCAUCACAGCAGCACCCACCAUCACAGCAGCACCCACCAUCACAGCAGCACCCACCAUCACAGCAGCACCCACCAUCACAGCAGCACCCACCAUCACAGCAGCACCCACCAUCACAGCAGCACCCACCAUCACAGCAGCACCCACCAGCACAGCAGCACCCACCAUCACAGCAGCACCCACCAUCACAGCAGCACCCACCAUCACAGCAGCACCCACCAUCACAGCAGCACCCACCAUCACAGCAGCACCCACCAUCACAGCAGCACCCACCAACAGAGCAGCACUCACCAAUACCAUUGCAGCUGAAGGAACGAAGCUGAGCGGGAUGGACAUGACAGACAUGUUUGCGCAACUGUGUGUAUGUGUCUGCAUGUGUCACUAA